AUGGCACGUAAGAACAAGUCCAAGAGUGGCAAGAGCACCAAAAACAGAAGCUCGCAGAAGCUCAUAGAUGCGUACCAGAUUGCAGAACGACAAGAACGAAGAAACAACCGUGGGGGAGCAGAAUCCGAUGACGAAGAUGAAGGAAACUACAAAACCGAUUUGGCGUUUGAAGAAGGAAUAUUAGAUGCCCGUAAGUUUCUCAAGGACGGACAGGAAGACCAGGAUUUGUUAAAUGAGGAGAUAGACUCGGAUGAGGCGUUGGGUAGCGAUGACGAUUACGAUGUCUUGGACAGCCACAUGUCGCAAAGUAUACGAGAUAAAGCCAAGAGAAGGAAGCUCGGUCAGGAAAGCGAAAGCGAUAGCGAUGAUGACGAUGAUGAUGGGUACGCUAGUAUUGAUGAGAGUCAGCUAGUCACUUUGUCUGAAGCUUGGGAUAUGGAUGACCGUGACCUUGCGCUGUUUCAAGGCAAGGACAACAAAGAAGUUGUGUUGAAUGAUGACUGGGUCUCUGAAAGUUCAUCCAAUGGCGAAAGCUCGGACGAGGACGAAGAUGACGCGGUCGAGGAAGACUGGGGUGAAAGUAGCAAACUUUCACAAGGCAGUGAAGAUGACGAUGACGACAGUGAAGGUGACGACGAAAGUGAAGACGAAAGUGAGGAACAGGAGUCUGACGAAGAAGAUGUGUUUGCCCAUGACUCGGGUGAUGAUGAGGAAAUCGACUUGGCUAAAACGGCCCGCAAUCUAAAAGAUGAAGCCGAUGCAUUGAAACCAAAAGAGCGCAAGAGGUUUAUGGUUGAGACGCGCGAUGAAAACGAAUUCAGCGUUCCUAGUGGAGCCCAAUCCUUGUCGAUUGCCGAUAUGAUGAAAGGGGUAAAGAAUGACUCCAACGAUGCCAUCUUGCUCGACUCCAGCGCAAAAGCCAUAGCCACGCCGUUGCCGAAAAGAAUCCAACAAAGAAACGACCGUAGUGCUGCUUACAACUUGGCCAACAAAGAAGUCAGCAAAUGGAGCGACACCGUGCAACAAAAUAGACAGGCUGAAGUGUUGAAAUUCCCCAUGCAACAGCCCGAUACUUUUAACGAUAGCGCCAAUGCAUUUCGUCCUAGCGUCUCAAACGCAAACGCAAACGACAAACUGUCCCUGGAAUUGGAGAAACGCGUUAAUGACGUUCUUUUGAAAUCGUCUUUGGUGGAUGACAAGAAAGAAGCCACUUUUGAAGAGAUUGCCGUGGCCAAGCUUUCGCCUGAGGAAAUGUUGAAACGUACAAACGAGUUGAGGCUCAUGAGAGAAUUGAUGUUUAGAGACGAGAGAAGAGCCAAGCGGUUGAAGAAGAUCAAAUCGAAACAAUACCACAAGAUCAAAAAGAGAGAGAGGAUGAGAAACCAGGAACUCGUGGACGAGGCGGAAGAAGUUAGUGACAACGACGAAGACCAUGACGCUAGGAGAGCUGAAGAACGUAUGAGCUUGAGACACAAGACCCAGCUGAAAUGGGCCCAGUCCAUGAUCAAGAGCGGGUUGAGCAAAGAUGCAUCAAAUCGUGAAGAGUUGGAAGAGAUGUUGAGACAGGGUGAAAGAUUGAGAGAAAAACAGUUGAGGACUAGCAAUGGAGACGAAGAUGGUGAUGAUGAAAACGUGGAUGUUAUUGAAAGAGAGUAUGAAAAUGAUGACGAUUUAGGUGAUGAAGUCAGGACCAAGAUGGGCAAGGGAGUAAUGGCGAUGGACUUUAUGAAAAAUGCCGAGCGCAAGAAAAGAGAAGAGAAUAUGAAAACACUUGAGCAAUUACGAAAGCUAGAAAAUGGAGAAGAUGACGGGCUUGAUUUGUUUCAGAAUGAUUCUGGGGCUGUGAAUGUGGUGAAGAAUCAAGGCAGGCGGGUUUACAAUCCUUCAGCUGUGGACAAUAGUGGUAUAAAUGAGCAAGUGUUGAAGGAGGUUGAAGAGGAUCAUGCAGGCGGAUUGGAAAAGAAAAUUGACAAGGUGAACGUGGUUGAAAAAAAACGUAAGCAAGGUGACGAACCAGCUGGUGAAACUUCCAACACCGCCACCAACAAGGCAAAGGCAGCGGUGGUCGACACUGACGAGUCCAACCCUUGGCUUGCUGCUGAUCCUGAAACUUCCCAGUCCAAACAGAAAUCGAGCAAGGUAUCCGUUGUUGAUGAAGGGUCAUCCAAAUUUGCCAAAGCUGCAGCCAAGAUUGCCAAACAGAAGCAAAAGCAAAGAAAAGACAAAGAAAACGAGACACUUAUAGACACAAACGACACAUUGGCCGUGAAUGGCAUCCACGACGACGCAGGCGACAACUCCGACAUUGAGACUAGUGCCGUUCCUCAAAUGUUUAAACAAAAGGAGCUAAUAAAAGAGGCGUUUGUCGGUGACGAUGUCGUUGCCGAGUUUGAAAACGAAAAAAAGAGAAUGAUUGAGGACGAAGAUGACAAGGAGGAGGAUUUGACUCUACCUGGGUGGGGCGAUUGGGUAGGCGGCGGCGCCAACUCGAAACCCAACCGCAAGAAGCAGAAGUUUGUACGCAAGAUCGAUGGCGUGGUGCAGAAGGAUAAGCGCAAGGACAAAAAUUUGCAAAAUGUCAUUAUUAAUGAGAAGUUGAACAAGAAGAACUUGAAGUACCAGUCGAGCGACGUGCCUUACCCGUUCGAGACUCGCGAGCAGUACGAGAGGUCGCUUCGUAUGCCGGUGGGCCAAGAAUGGACCAGCAGAGAAACGCACCAACGGUUGACCAUGCCUAGAGUCAUCACGAAACAAGGCAUGGUGAUAGACCCGCUUAAAGCACCAUUCAAAUAA